AACCAACACUAUCAUUGUGUGUCUGGCCGUGACAAUAGGAGGAAAUACCAGUUCAGAAUAUUAGCUCAAUUUAUCUGAUUUUCCCAAAAAGAGCCACGACUUGUGGUAUGGUGGUCAGAGUGUUAUGUCCCAUUGCAGCAGUAAGAGGACAAACACUUGACGAGAAUGACAGUAUCCUAAAAACGAACCGGGAUGUCAUAUCGGACCUACAGCUAAGGUUAUCUGCUUUAGAACAUCGGCGCAAUGAAGAUACACUCCGCAUCCGUGAACUCGAAAAACAGCAACAAACUUAUCAAAGCCGUAUUACUAUCCUUGAGAAACAGCAACAAACUGAUCAAAGGCGUAUUUCUGACCUUGAGGAACAACGACAAAUUGAUCAGCGCCGAAUUUCUGACCUUGAGAACCUAACGGAUGAUAACCAGAGGCAUGCAACUCGCGUUGAGAAAAUGCAACAUCGUGGGAAAUUGAACUCCCUUCAUAAAACCAUCCCCAACACAUUUGACAACAAUUUAACUUUUACUAUGGACGAACUACAUUCGCCGUCUGGAAGAAAACCUGGAGUUUUUAAAAUGUCUACACUAGAGAGUACUAAUUCUGGAAAAGAAAAACGUGUGUCGGACAAUGCAGGUAUGGUUGCAUUCUAUGCUGUUCUUAGUCAUGAAAUUAAGCCAAUCACUAGUUUAAUGGAAAUUCAUUUCGAUAAAGUGACCACCAACCUUGGCGGUUCUUACAGCGGGAACACCGGUACCUUCACCUGUACACGUGCUGGUGUGUAUGUGUUCUCAUGGACUGUUCACGCAAAUCCACGUUAUGUGUACACGGAACUCAUCAAAAAUGGUGCCGUGACCGGGAAAGCUUUUUCUGGAGAUUCCCAGUACAGUGGGUCAGGAGGAGGUUCUUUAGUGUUAGAGCUGCACCAAGGAGACGAAGUUUGGGUUCGAGUACAUGAAUAUGCACCGGGAACCUACCUAUUUGGCAAUUUCGGUACAACGUCUUUUUCGGGUUUUCUUUUGCAGUAGCCAAAUACAAUGUAUCUCCAAAAUGAUGUAGGAUCUAUAUUGUAUAAUAAACGGAUAAGGAAAGAUUUGUAUACUGAACCAUGCUA